UUCACGUAAGACGCACUUGGAGAAAAACAGAAAAAUAUCAAAGUAUAAAGAUAUACAAAAACAAAAAGGAAAACAAUGAAUGUGUCGAACAUAAAUAACGACUUGCGAUCGUAUUCACGACACUGGCUUACUGAGUUCAUUGAACAGUAUCAGGAGGAGGAGUGUCUCUGGCAGCCGAAGCACCAUGACUACAGCAAUCACGCCGCCAGAAAUAAAGCCUACGACAAAUUAGUAGAAAAACUAAAAGAAGUCGAGCCAAAUCCAGACCGCGCGAUGGUUGUUAGAAAGAUUAACUCGCUACGGUCCGCAUUUCGUCGCGAGUUUCGCAAAUCCAGCACCAAAUCCGACUACGAGACACGCCUUUGGUACUACGACAAGCUGCUCUUCAUAGCCGACCACAAACCCAAACGCCAUUCAAACGAACUGGCCGGCAAGCCCAAACGAGAGCUGCACAUCAAUUUUGAUGACGAGGACUCGAUGGACUACGAGGAGGAAUCACACCAUACGCCUCAGUCACAGCAUAUCGAAACCAUCGUGCCCAAUGCCAGCGAUGAAGUUGAGGCAGAGGUGGCUGCGGUCGGCACCAACAAUGUUGUAGUCAGUAGUCAGGGCGCCACGCUGAGCACCAUCUCGGUGACUCCAGCGGAUUGUGUCACACUGGUAAAAGACGAAUCACAUCAGACACACAACGAGGUGGCAGAGGCGCACCAGCGACUAGUUGCCCAGGCCAACGCUGCACAAUCCUCGUUAGCUGCUGCAGGCGGGCAUGCCGUGAAGGUGUUAGAAAUAACAUCGCUCGACUCCAAUUCACAGCGCGAGAUACAACAGGCGGUCAAUUCGCUUGAACAUCACCAACAGCAGCUACAGCAUCUGCACCAUCAGGCCAACGGACAUGCUCAGCCCGUGCCGACCAUACAGAUUGGACGGGAUCAUUACCAGCCGCUAUUUGGCAGUGCGCCAACCACAGCGUACACGACGACAGCGCCCGCCACCACACACAGGCACGAGGAUGAAUACGAUGCGAUUGGGGUAAAUGUGGCCAGCAAGUUGCGGUCCAUCAAUCACACGCAACGCAUCAUUGCCGAGAAGCUCAUCAGCGAUGUCCUCUUCAAUGCACAGCUCGACAAUCUCACAGUCAAUUCGUCRCUGGCGCAAUAAUUAAUUAAUAUAUUGUAAAUUAGUUUCAGACGCUUUCGGUCUACUUAAUUUUAUUUUACAUAAGCAUAUGUAUAUGUAUGUGUUGUACGUACGUCGUCCGUUUAUGUUAGCUUGUAUAUUAACGUUUAAUGUUUAUUGUAGAUUUAAUUACUGCAUCAGUUGCAUGCAAUAAAUAGUUUUUAACAAGUUU